UGAAACCACUAGGUAUAGAUAUAGAGUAGCAUUAGAAAUGCUUAGUUAGUAGUGGAGUUAAUACAAUGAAGGUUCCUAUUGCCAGUGGAAUGUUAAAUUUCAAAUCUUAAUUUCUUGUAUUGAUCCUAUUAGAUUCUAGUAGUCAGAGAGUCAUUCAUUUAAUUUUUCCUGAUUUUCUAUAACUGCUGACUUUGAUUUAGACGUGCCCCUGGAGAUUAUAUAUUUAGUUUAAUUGAUGAUUUAGUUGUCUUCAUCUAUAUCUAUAUAAUUAAGCAAAUUCUUCAAGAAAUGGUUAAAUUUUUGAACUACCAUAUAUACCCUCACAUAAUAUAAAUAUUAAUAAAUAAAUUAUUUCUAUAUGAGGAUAAGAUAGUCAAUAUACUAUAUCAUAUUUGAAAAACUUGCAAUACCUCCCGUGAAAAAAUGAGAAACUUCCCUAAAAUUAGGAGAGGUUUUUUAAUUUAAAAAAAUGAAAGCCAAUUGACAUGUGCGGAGCACAUGUUAAGGGGCUAGUAGAUCUUUAUCGUGUUACACUUCACUUGCUUUGUCUUAGCACCUUUUUAUUUGUCCUACUUCGUUCCCCACCAAGCAGCCAUUAUAAAUCUCUGGACUAGGGAAAACAGAAUGGUUUCGUCUAUGCAGUUCUUUUGUUGGUGUAAUAAUGUUUCAUCUUUGAUAGUGUCGAAAGACAACCACCAUCGUUCUCGUGCUAAAUUGGCUUUCACCUUGCUCUCAGUGAGAAAAAUAGUGUCAGACAUUCGUUUGCAUGUAAACUUUCAUGAAAGCUUAUGAAUUUGAAUACAAAGUCAUAUACGUUCAAUUAGCAUCCAGACCAUAUAGACCUUAAGCAAAGGAAAGCAGUCAUGUGCAUCCCUUAUAUAUUUAUUUAGCCAUGUUUUUAUCUUCCCACACGACCGUUAGCUUUCUAAGGAUGAAUUGUAUGGAUCAGAUAAACCGCCCCCAGCCUUUGGAUUUUCCAAAAGCACAUUUACAUAUGAAGAAUUAGUCAUGGCAACAAAUGGAUUCUCCAACGACAAUCUUCUUGGUCAAGGAGGCUUUGGUUUUGUCCAUAAAGGUAUUCUUCCAAAUGGGAAAGUGGUUGCAAUUAAACAGCUGAAAGCUGGGAGUGGACAGGGGGAGCGUGAAUUCCAGACAGAGAUUGAAGUCAUUACUCGUGUCCAUCACAGACAUCUUGUAUCACUGGUUGGAUACUGCAUUAGUGGGGCCCAGAGAUUGCUUGUUUAUGAGUUCGUUUCCAACAACACCUUGGAAUUUCACUUGCAUGGAAAGGGGCGACCAACUAUGACUUGGCCAACAAGAAUGAAAAUUGCUCUAGGAUCUGCAAAAGGAUUGGCAUAUCUCCAUGAGGACUGUCAUCCCAAGAUCAUACACCGUGACAUCAAGGCUGCCAAUAUUCUUAUUGAUGACAACUUUGAGGCAAAGGUUGCAGACUUUGGACUUGCCAAGUUUGCCUUAGAUACAGAUACUCAUGUCUCCACAAGGGUUUUGGGAACUUUUGGAUACCUAGCUCCUGAAUAUGCAACCAGUGGAAAGCUCAGUGAUAAGUCAGAUAUCUUCUCUUUCGGGGUCGUGCUAUUGGAGUUGAUUACUGGACGCCAACCCAUUGAUAAAACUCAUUCCUUCACUGAUGAUAGCAUGGUUGAGUGGGCAAGGCCUUUGCUCGCGCGAGCAUUGGAAAAGGGAAUCUUUGAUGGUCUUGUUGAUGAAAGGUUGCAGAAUGAUUACAACUCCAGCGAAAUGGCUCAUAUGAUUGCCUGCGCUGCUGCUUCUGUGUGUGAUUCUGCCCGCCGUCGGCCAAAAAUGAGCCAGGUAGUUCGAGCUUUGGAAGGCAAUCUUUCUCCAGAUGAAUUAAAUGCAGUUAUACCAGGUCUAAGUAUGAUAUACAGUUCCUCUGAAGGCACACAAUACAGCACUCGUGAAUACAAGGAAGACAUGUUGAAAUUUAGAAAGUUAGCACUAGAAAGCCCAGAGCUAGAUCAAGGAAUUAGUGAGAUCAGUGGGCCCAGCAGUGAUUUUGGCCAGCACCAAUCUGCCUCUAGUGGUGAAGCCCAACAAACCAGUCAAGAUACCGAACACUAUGGUAAAAGCUCUUGACAACUGAUUCCCAGAUUCUUGAACAAUGCCAAUUUCUCCCACUCUCCACCCUGUAUGCUCCCUAACUUGCUGAACCACAGACGCUAUUGGCAUGCUUACUUGGAAACACCACUUCUAACUGUACAUUUGGUAAAGUGAAUGUAUCUAUUGUUCAGGUAGGUAAGUGAGCUUUCCUCUGAGUUGCAUACUCGGUUGUUUGAACCAUUUAAGUGCUUCUUCCCAUACUAAAGUUUGAUUGGAUCUGGUGGCUUGUGUGUUCAUAUCAAAAUCUAUCAUCCACAUUAGUCCCCAAUUAGCUCCUAGAUGGAGUUGGCGGAGGGAACAAAAUUGACAUCAUUUAUCGUAGGCACAAUUUGAAGAAGGAAUAAUUUUUAAUGUAGUUUAGUGAAAUCUCUGUGUACAUGUUGUAUUAUUAUUUUUUUGACCAAUACAUGUAUUUUGUAUUCUGUAUAUCAAUAAACUGAAAAAUUGGUUUGUCAUGUC